AUGUUUGCCAGCCUCAAAGACAAUUAUACAUCGCGCGAAAUUGAAAUGCAGUCAUUGGUGUACUAUGGCACUUGUCCUUGCAACAGUGAUAUUCUCUGCAAAAAUUCUAACUUCUUCUCUCCAUCGAUAUGUCCACCAAAUAGCAAUGUUGGGUUCAUGCCACUUGAAGAGUUAAUAGAAUCCAGCUGCGUCGAAUUUGUUUCUCCUUCUAUUGCAACAGUGAGCACUGCCGUAAGCCAUGAGACUCCUUUAUCGUCUUAUAGUAGACAAAAUAGUGCUAUGGAUGUUCCUCACUUUGUGCUUUCCACAAGGAGUGACGCUUUGAGCAGCAUGAGGACCACAAAACCGCUCAACCGCUGUGACGACCCUGGUUAUGGAAGUGCAUAUAUUGGUCAAAAUAUCACUUGCUUCGAGAGCAAACUAGAAUGGCGUGAUCUUCUAGAUGAAAUGCCACGGCUUUGCGGUGAAGGUAAUUACAAUAAAACUUGGCUCGAUUCGAUGAGGAAUGCUAAGAAAUCCGGCAAUCAUCAUGUCUAUUAUUAUGGGAUUUGUCCAUGUAAAUGCGCCACAAGUUGUAGUACUUCAUCUCUGUUUGCUUAUAAGAAGCAAUGUCUAUGGGACGGAAACGUGAUUGCCAUAGAGUUCUCUUCUUCCAAAUCUAAGCCGGACCUAAAAACUACAUUUAUCCACGGAAAAUACACAGCAUCUAGACAUUUCUCGUUCCCUACAAAGUUUUACGACAGAAGAGAAAUAUCUUCAACUGCUGAGCCAAAAUUCACUCUUCCAAACACUCUGCAUUCAACGCUCUUCACUAUGGUUGAGUCUGCUUUGAGUAGCAAAAAAGCCACAAAAACUCUUGCCGGAUCUAAGCAGACUCCUGCUAGCGAAAGAAGUAUUGCACUGCCUGAAAAGGACCUAACGGUAUCAAAGCAGAGAUUUGCUCAAACCACCAACCCUCGGAGCUCUCUUGAAACAUUAAAUGAGAGUGCGAAAGAUCCAGCAUAUAUUAGCAUGGCAGCAUCGAUUGAAAGCACGCCAAACGAAGAUGAUGAUGAAAAUGAACCAGCCCUAGUGUCAUCUGAAGGGAGCAGUACAUCAAUGACAACGAUACGAACUUCAAAACAAGAUUGGCAUGGAGUUCUCACUACAAUUUUGAGGACAGAAAGGCAAGGUUUUUCUACUAGUAAGCAAAAUUUCUCUUCAACAACAUUUUCAAAGUCUUAUCCUACUGAGGCAACCACUACAAAAAACUUUUCUGAGACACCAACUGACCAUACAGCCCUACGCAAAGAUGUGAAAACCUCUAAUUAUAAUCAUGUAUAUGAGUCUUCAAAUCAUUCAACCACUUACGAGAACUUGAAUACAACGACGAGUUCAGUUUCACCAACAGAAAAGCAGGAAACAGCCGCGACUGCCGUCCACACUCCAAUUCAGAAGACAUUAAGUUCAAAUGUUGCAGUUCCAAGGACAAUUCCAACGUCAUCAAAAAAAGUGAACAAAGCAAUGACUAAUACUCUUAGAGAUGAAGCUGCUAGCACAAGCUCAUCUGAUUCUGAUGCAAAUUUGAUCACUUCAGAAGAAACGGAGUAUGAGGAGGUUACACACUCGAUGCCUACCAUAAGAACGUAUGCAGAGACAAAAAACUCCCUACCGAAAAAGUCUUUGAGUACAAAUAAGAAAUCCUCUGCCGAAUUUGUGACUGCGACUAAACCUGAGCCAGCUGUUCAUGCUUCAAGUGCAAAUAUUGAAACUACUGAUGGUGAAAGAGGUGAUACAUCACAAAUGACAUCAAGGACAUUAGAAUCCUCUCAGGAAUCAUCCUUGUCUCCUGCCAGCGAGUAUCUAAAAAGCUCCACCUAUUCGACUGAACUGAUUACUGAUGGAGCGACUACGAGUACGUUUUCGCCCAAACCUAGAAUGUCGUCAGUUGCGUCUAGUUCAAAUGUUAGUUCUAACAAGCAAAACGCACAUAUGGGAUCUUCUGCUUCCUAUACUUCCAACUCGAUAUCUUCAGACCUCAAAUCUAGCGAAAGUCUCAGCAUAUCAAGGGUAAAAUCGACACCGCUUUCAACUCAGCAUAGGCUAUCAGCUCAUAGUUCUAACAUUGCAAGAGCUGUGACAGCCUCACGUAGCAGUGCUUCCUCAAGAACUGCAGAGCAUUCCAAUUAUACAAAAGCCACGGACGCUGAAGGAGAAACCUCUGUCAUUUCAACUACAAUUGAAAUGGCGGAAUCGAAGUCACAAAGAAUGAUGGAGAUGGAUUUUACCAAAAACAGCUUUGAACCAACUGAUAGCUCACUAGCUGAAACAAGCCAAACUGCAUCUGCUACAUAUCGAGAUAGGAUCGAACUUCCUACGACUGCUAAUUUAGAGGGUGGUCAACUGACGGAAACCUUCGCCUAUACGCCUGAAACAGCCGCGGAAAGCUCAGAGAGGGAGAUCUCGGCGAUGCCGCAAAUUGGGUUUACAAUCCCAGGUAUAUCUCAAGCAGAAACCUCUGUCAAUUCAACCGCGUCUGGAAUGGUGGAAUCGGAGUCUCAAAGAAUGAUGGAGAUGGUUAUCGAAAGCAGCUUUGAACCAAUUGAUAACUCAGUAGCUGAAACAAGCCAAACUGCAUCUGCUACAUAUCGAGAUAGGAUCGAACUUUCUACGACUGCUAAGUUAAAGGGUGGUCCACUGACGGAAACAUUCGCCUAUACGCCUGAAACUACCGCGGCAAACUCAAAGAGGGAGAUCUCGGCGAUGCCGCAAAUUGGAUUUACAAUUCCAGAUAUGUCUGUAGGAGGAACCGCUGCCAUAUCGACUACUUUUGAAAUGGCGGAAUCUGAUAACUCGGAGUCUGAAAUGAUGGCAAUGGAUUUUACAGGAAGCAGCUCUGAAUUUUUUGGUGCAUCAAGCACAGAAGCGACAUUGACCAGUACUCGAUCAGCAUUCGCUAGCAACGAACAGUCACCAGAGUUCACAAACUCUGCAGAGAGCGAACAUAAAACCACGAGUCUUCAAAGUGCGAUAACCUCUACAGUAAUAGAUUACCGUGAAGCAAACACAAAAAUUGCGAACAACGCCGAAAUCAAUACCAAUCUUAUCUUCACCUCUACCCCAUUCUGA